CACUCCAGCCUAAGCGACAGAGCCAGACCCUAUCUCCAAAAAAAAAAAAGAAUUGAAGCAGCCCAGCAUGGGAUUGGGAUUGGGACCAAUGCUGGCAAGGGGGACCAUGGAUGGAAUUGGGUUCCUGUGGGGGUAAAGGAAGGUUCCAGGGAACCCUGUGAGAGUUCCUUGGGCCUAAAUGGGGGCUGGGCCUAAAUGGGGGCUGGGGAAGUUGGAGCCCCAGUGAUCUGGGAUGUGGAGGAACCCCUGCCAUGCUGGGAAGUGUCAGACCUUAGAUGAGUGGGGAUGUGGGGCCUGGGUUUGUCAAAAGGCUUUAGGGACUGAUCCCCACCCCUGCUGUUGAAGGCAGGGCACCACUGCUUCAAGAGAGGGGUACAGGCCCUAUGGGACAGGUAGGAGGACUGCAGAGAAACAUGGCACCUUAUAAGCAGCUUGGCCUCACCCCGCAAUACACAGAUGGGGAAGGGGCUUGAACCCAUGCCUCCUUGGUUGGCUGGGUCUUCCUCACACCAGGCUAACAUGUCAUGACAAGCUGCCGACUUCAAGGUAGGUGAUAAUGGGAGCUCUGUGGCCCCAUAAAGCCCUCCCAGUCACCUGCCACCUAGGUUUGGCCAGGUGGUGGGAGGUGAUGUCACUCAGCUGCCCAGCUGGGGACUGAGCAUGAUGUGGAAGGAAGGGAGCAAACUCCAGAGGAGGGGUGGCCAGCCAAGGCAGGUUCCAUGGUCAGCUGAGCCAUCGGGGGCAGAGGAGGAGGCAGGAGGCAGAUGGUUCGUUAUUUGCAGCUGUGGACUUUGCUUCUCACAAAUCCCAGCAGGAGGACUUCCCUACACUAGGCUCAGGACAGGCUGUUGUGGCGAGAGGGGCUGGAGGGACCCUGGGUCAAGUGAACAUUCUCCUUGCUGCACUAGAGCUACAGAAUGGAGUUGGGACAAGCACAGACCCACAGAUCUGAGCUUGAACCCUGGCUCCACUGCCUCCUCAUUCACUUACUCCAUCUUUUAUUCAUUCAGCUGGCAUGCAUUCAUUGAGCACUUGUGUGUACAGCCAUGAUCAGGGUGCUGGUGAUGCUGAUGAAAAUGGGACAGAUAAUGUUUCCUGUCCUCGUCGAUGUUCCAGGAGGCACAAUCUCUUGUUGAACAACCGUUUGUGAGAGGAUAUAACUGUGGAAGUGAUAAUUAAGUUCUAGAAUGAUAAGUAUGAUGCAGGGGCUGGGGUGGUGAGAAGUUGAAGAAAGCACUUCAGGCAGCAUCCACAGCCUGGGCAAAGGCCCUGAGGCCUGAGGGACCAGGGAGCUUAUGAGGAAGUUGGUGGGGUUAGAGCGGUUCUCAUGAGCGAGAGUGUAGGACCAGAGGGGUGAGCCUGGGUUAUGUCUGUGGCUAUGGGCCAGUUAUUUCACCUCUGUGCCUUCCUUUCCUCAUCUCUAAAAUGGGGAUACGAAUCUUUCCAGGUGGCUCUGAAGAUUCAGUGUGGCAUCAUAGGUAACUGUUGCAGGCACCCAGGUGUUGACUGUGUGUCCAUUGUUGUUAUAGUUGGUUGAAUCUAUCCCAUUAAUUCUCCUUCCCCAGGCAAGACUCGUGGCUGUGACCCAUGGGCCUCUGAGGAGGCGUUGUAAGUCCGCCCAGCUCCCCACUUGCUGUGCUCUCACUCAAUGCGAAGGGAACCAAGGUACCAGGGCCAAGUGGGUCCAGACAUCCACACGGAUUCUGAAAGGACUUUGUCCAGCCAUCAGCCACGGCUUCUCAGCAGCAACAAGAUGGAAGUCAAAGGUCAGCUGAUCAGCUCUCCUACCUUCAAUGCCCCAGCUGCCCUGUUCGGAGAGGCUGCCCCCCAGGUGAAGUCAGAGCGUCUGCGGGGGCUGCUUGACCGGCAGCGGACCCUGCAGGAGGCCCUGAGCCUGAAACUUCAGGAGCUCCGCAAAGUGUGUCUCCAGGAGGCGGAGCUGACUGGCCAGCUGCCCCCUGAGUGCCCACUAGAGCCUGGUGAACGGCCCCAGUUGGUCCGCCGGCGGCCCCCCACAGCCCGCGCCUACCCUCCACCGCACCCCAACCAAGCACACCACUCCUUGUGCCCUGCUGAGGAGCUGGCUCUUGAGGCCCUGGAGCGCGAGGUGUCAGUGCAGCAGCAGAUCGCGGCGGCCGCCCGCCGCCUGGCCCUGGCCCCUGAUCUGAGCACCGAGCAGCGCCGGCGCCGGCGCCAGGUCCAGGCAGACGCACUGAGGAGGCUGCACGAGCUAGAGGAGCAGCUCGGGGAUGUCCGGGCCCGCCUUGGCCUCCCAGUGCUCCCGCUGCCCCAGCCACUGCCACUGUCCACGGGGUCAGUGAUCACUGCCCAGGGAGUCUGCCUGGGCAUGCGCCUUGCUCAGCUCAGCCAAGAGGACGUAGUUCUGCACUCAGAGAGCAGCUCCCUCUCAGAGUCUGGGGCCAGCCAUGACAACGAGGAGCCCCAUGGCUGCUUCUCUCUGGCCGAGCGCCCCUCACCACCCAAGGCUUGGGACCAGCUGCGGGCAGUAUCUGGGGGGAGCCCUGAGCGGCGAACCCCAUGGAAACCACCUCCAUCAGAUCUUUAUGGGGAUCUGAAGAGCCGGCGGAACUCUGUGGCCAGCCCCACCAGCCCCACACGCUCGCUGCCCAGGAGUGCUUCCAGUUUUGAGGGGCGAAGUGUGCCUGCCACCCCUGUCCUCACCCGGGGCGCUGGCCCCCAGCUCUGCAAACCUGAAGGCCUUCAUUCUCGUCAGUGGUCCGGCAGUCAGGACUCCCAGAUGGGCUUCCCCCGGGCGGACCCUGCCUCCGAUCGCGCCUCCCUCUUCGUAGCUCGCACCCGCCGCAGCAACAGUUCUGAGGCCCUGCUGGUGGACCGGGCCGCUGGUGGGGGAGCUGGCUCCCCGCCCGCCCCUCUGGCUCCCUCUGCCUCUGGCCCCCCAGUCUGCAAGAGCAGUGAGGUGCUGUAUGAGCGCCCCCAACCAACCCCUGCCUUCUCCUCCCGCACAGCAGGCCCCCCAGACCCUCCCCGGGCCGCCCGGCCUAGCUCAGCUGCCCCUGCCUCCCGAGGUGCCCCCCGGCUCCCACCUGUGUGUGGGGACUUCCUCUUGGACUAUUCCUUGGACCGGGGCCUGCCCCGCAGUGGCGGUGGAGCAGGCUGGGGGGAGCUGCUGCCUGCAGCUGAGGUCCCAGGACCCCUCUCCCGCCGGGAUGGGCUCCUCACCAUGCUCCCCGGCCCACCACCUGUGUAUGCAGCUGACAGCAACAGCCCCCUCCUCCGCACCAAGGACCCCCACACCCGUGCCACCCGCACUAAGCCCUGUGGCCUGCCCCCAGAGGCUGCCGAGGGCCCUGAGGUGCAUCCAAACCCUCUGCUGUGGAUGCCCCCGCCCACCCGUAUCCCCUCGGCUGGUGAACGCAGUGGCCACAAGAACCUGGCUCUGGAGGGGCUGCGGGACUGGUACAUCCGGAACUCGGGACUGGCUGCGGGGCCCCAGCGCCGGCCUGUGCUCCCUUCCGUGGGCCCGCCACACCAACCCUUCCUUCAUGCCCGCUGCUAUGAGGUGGGCCAGGCGCUGUAUGGGGCCCCCAGCCAGGCGCCACUCCCACACUCGAGGAGUUUCACGGCGCCCCCUGUCUCUGGCAGAUACUACGCGGACUUCCUGUAUCCCCCGGAGCUGAGCGCUCGUUUAAGUGACCUGACGCUAGAGGGGGAGCAGUCCUCCAGUUCUGACACCCAGACCCCGGGGACACUGGUCUGACCCCUUCUGAUAUGUCCCUUGUUGGCCUGGGCACGAUUCCAAUCUGGGGAGCACACAGCUGACCUCGCUGGGCCCUGCGGUGUGGUUGCUCUCAGUCCUGAGCGGAGUGCGCCAACCUAAUCUUCCAAGGCCCCUGGCUCCCUGUAGGCCCAGGAAGGUGUCUGACACUCUGCUUCUUGUCUCACACUGUGCUGGGGACUGGGGGCCCUCAGCCAGCUUAAAAGAGGGGGGAUGAUGUCAUGGGGACCCCAAGCCCCUUCCUCCAUUUAUGUUUACAGUUGUGACUUAGGUAUUCACUGUCUUCCUCCAACACUAGGCGUUUUAUAAAAGGGAAACUGUGAUCUCAUCUGGUUGGGUUCAUUCCUGUUCCCAUGCCCAACCAGGUUCCAUUCAGGAACCCCCUCCAUAAAAUGGACCAUAUCGGGUCUCAGGGCCAUUUAGGGCCGCCAGGAGACUCUGGUGUGAACAGAAAUCCCUGCCACGCAUUGCCAGGGCAGUUGUUGGGGCAGUGGGCUCUCUGCCCACACUUGGAAGGACUGCAGUCUGGGUGGGAUGCCUGAAGGAGCCCAACCCCGUCUGUGCCCAUGGCCUCUGCCCUGACCACCCCCAGUCAGGAGGCCCCACAGGAGGGGUAAAGGGAAGAGCCAUCAGGUGUGCUGUGUCCUGGGAUCCUGUGGGGGUUGAACUUGGCAUCUACCAGAUCUGGCACCCAGUAGAUGCCAGUGAAAUCCUCAGGUGAGGUCUGGCUACAGGCCACGGGCCACUCACCACUCACACCUUCCUUGGCUUUCCUUCCACCCCUCACCCUUUUUUUUUUUUUUUUUUUUCUGGAGAUGGGGUCUUGCUCUGUCGCCAGGCUGGAGUGCAGUGGCGCAAUCUCAGCUCACUGCAACCUCCGCCUCCUGGGUUCUCCUGCCUCACCCUCCCGAGUAGCUGGGAUUACAGGCACAUGGCACCACGCCCAGCUAAUUUUUGUAUUCUUAGUAGAGACAAGGUUUCACCAUAUUGGCCAGGCUGGUCUUGAACUCUUGACCUCGUGAUCUGCCCGCCUUGGCCUCCCAAAGUGCUGGGAUUACAGCCGUGAGCCACUGCACCCAACCCCAAUCCACCACUUUUUAAGCAAAUCCACACAAGUUGUGUUUUCUAUGAUACCUGUCUGUGAUUUUCGGAGCUGGGGGUUCCCUUACCCCCUUUUCCUGGUGUUAAACUUUUCUUUUUAUACCAAUGGAUCUGGACCCAAGACAUUACCCACAUUGGAAGGGGAUUUGUAUAAUAAAUGUGUAAACUGAA